AUGGUUAACUUCUUUAGGGAGGGGCUAGGCCCAAGUGCCCCUAAAAGAACAAAAAAAAGAAAACGCCAAAAUCCUAAACCCUAAACUUUUAACCCCCUAAGUUGGAGUGUUGCCACCAUAUCCCAUAAGAACUCUAAAGUUAAACCUGUCUAGGUUGAGUAGUGGCAGGAUGGGUGACUAACGUGACUUAUUCAUUGUAUAUUAAAUCACGCAAAUAUUAAAUUUAUAAAACUAGAAAAUAUGAAUUUUCAGAUAUUUAGAAGUAUUUCUGAAAAAAUAUAUCAAUUAUAAUUCAAUAAAACUUCCAAAAAUAGUGGUAAUUUUCCAAGUCGAUCACAGGGAUGUAAUAUAAUAUCUGGUAAUUAUUCAGAAUUUUUCUCAAUGAAUACGAUUUUCUAUGAAUUUUAUACUAGGAAAUGAAAAUGAAAUAUAUUUAAAAUUCACGAAAAAAGGGAAAUAAGGGUGCGGACGUCAGGAUGAUGUCAGCGCCUGGCGAAUGCGAAUCGGGCGAAAACAGAGUUCCGCCCAACGAUUCUUACGUAAGCGAUUAGAGAUGAUUUAAUUACUCAAAUUAAGAUCUGUAAAAGCCAGAAGAAUCGUAAUAGAACAAAGUAUAUUUUGGUAAAUUAAAAUCACAAAAAUUAUCACUAAAUGAAGCGUAAAGUAAGUUGAAAGUAGGAAAAUAGAGUUCCGGCGUUGCGACAGUGAUGUGUUGGCGAUGCACUGGAAUCUUGAGCGUUCAGGAGGAUCGUCAUGUAGUGUCCACGGCCUCAAAGGCUCUCCUUGGACAAAGACGACGUGGGCAAUCUCUAGAUCUCCUUGCGAAGUCUAGAGAUUAAUGAAAUGGGUCGUCGAGUCGUCUCUGGCAGCUGUCACCCGGCGGAGCGGAAAAACAAUGACUUUGUGGCUCUCCAGUGGCUGUCACCCGAUGGAGAGGAGCUGGAUGGAGGUGGGGCACGUGUCAGGGAGCUUCAUCCUCAGGUCUGCGCAGCAAGAGGAGGCUCUUCAUCGCAUCUGGUAUGCUCUCAGGAGGUGGCGACUCGUCUACCGACGGAUCGUCCUCUUCCCGACGAUGGCUUGUUCGUCGAUCAAUCGGAGAUGA